AUGAGUCGAUUGGGAGGAUGGCUUCGGGGUUCGACCUCGAAGACGAGCAUCAACCCGAGCCCAACCGGGUCACAGGUGGACCUGCGUGCUCAAGAAAUUGCUUCGAUAGAGCAUGCCAUGAGCAGUGCUGCCAUGAUCAUGAACGACGAUAUAGAUGGCGCCGAAGAGAGGUUACGAAAGGGCGACUCGACCUUUCACUCGCUCGGCCUCGGGCUGUGUACCUUUAUGCGAAGUAUCUUGGGCUUUGAGAAAUCCAUCAUGAUGGAAGCGAGCAAUCGGCUCAACGAGUGCGAGAACCGUGCUUGGGCCGAGAUGAAAAAGGCACAGAAGGAGUCGGCCGAUACAAGGAAAGACAGGAUCUAUCCUCCUGGAAGCGAGCAUGCCUUGAUCCUUGCCGAGGCCCAACUGAUGUCAGCAAUGGUGGCAGUUCUACAUGAGAGCUUGACAGAGGGUAUCAAGGGUUUCUACAAGUUACGCAAGGCUUUCGUCACGCUGGAUGGUAUCAUGGAGUCGGAGGGUGCAUAUUUGAAGAGACGAGGUCUGGAGCCAAACGUGUCGAAGAACAAGGUUGCACCGCCGCCACCCCCAUCAGCGACAAUGCCUGGUGGAUUUGGUGACGAUGAUGACGAAGAUCUGGAGUUUGUGGACGCAGACGAAGCCCAUUCCGGGGCACAGACGCCCUUGAAGUAUGAGGGCCACCUCGCCAAGGAGACAGAUAUUGACAAGAAGUUGGGCGAUUUGUCCCUGAAUACCGACAAGUCGUCACCCGCGCCUGAAAAGGGAGUGGCCACGACUGAACAACCUGCACAUGCCGGGUUCGCAGACGGUCCCGACUCUGACAUUUUCAGCGACCCGAUCGACAUCUUCAUUCACAGCGGUGCCAAUAUGUGUUUUGGAGUCUUGUUGCUGAUGAUAUCCCUGGUUCCUCCGACCUUCUCACGACUUUUGUCUAUCAUUGGCUUCAAGGGCGACCGCGAGCGAGGCAUCAAGAUGCUUUGGCAGAGCUCCCAGUUCGACAACAUAAACGGGGCAGUGGCGGGACUCAUGCUUCUAGUAUACUAUAACGGUCUGCUGGGGUUUGCCGACAUUCUACCCACCGACGAAGACGUGGAAAAAGGCGCCGUUGUCGGGUACCCUCGGUCGAGGUGUACUGCACUACUUGCAAAUAUGCGAUCACGAUAUCCGGAUAGCGGACUUUGGCGGUUCGAGGAAGCUCGAAACCAAGGGAACCGCAAAGACUUACCUGGAGCCAUCAGCAUACUGAAGAGCAACACGGCGUCCAAGAUGCGCCAGGUCACAGCGCUCAACAGCUUCGAACUAUCCUUGGACUCGAUGUAUGUCGGCGACUACACUGGUAUGCGCGACAGCUUCCUGCGGUGUGUUGAACUCAACGACUGGAGCCAUGCCCUGUACUACUAUCUCGCUGGUUGUGCGGAAAUAGAGAACUAUCGAGACGCCUAUCACGCGGAGACCAAAGACGAGGCACGGAUCCAACUUCACAGGAAAAAGGCAGACGAGCUGCUCAGGAAAGCCCCGACAGUGGCUGGAAAGAAACAGUUCAUGUCACGACCCAUGCCCUUCGAGCUAUUUGUGGCUCGCAAGGUAAAGAAGUGGGAGGAGAGAUCCAAGGCACUUGGUGUCGAUUUGGUUGACGCCGUUGGUGUCAGCCCGACUCAAGAGAUGGUUUACCUGUGGAACGGACUCAAGAAGAUGCAAGCACCAGAGCUCGAAAAGCUCGGCCAGGCGCUCUCGUGGGAUCGACUGACAGCGUCCGAGGAAGCCCGGACUAAGAUCAAGGCUGAGACUGACGAGCAUGCCGUGCGAGAGGUGUGCCGUGCCGCCAUCAUACGAGCGCUUGGCAGGUUUGACGAGGCCAGAAGUAUACUGGAGGAAGUGCUGGUGUUAGAUAAGCUCGCCUUCAAAGGUCCCACCAAGGACGACUACGCAUUGCCGGCGGCUACCUAUGAAAUGGCCGUCCUCGCCUGGGUCGAGGGACAGAACCCCGAGCUACGAAAAGCGUCAAACACCGCAGCAGAGAAGGGUUCGGUAUCAUCGAAGACAACAAGAACAGGGGAAGAGGCAUGGAUGAGGAAGAAACUGGAUGACUGCCAAUCGUGGCUCGACAAGGUGGCCAAGUGGGAGGCGUUCAUCCUGGAUGCGCGAGUGGGCAUGCGUGUUCAGACGGGCUUGGACACUGUUAGAUGGUAUAGAAGGGAGCACGGAUGGGCUGCCGUCUGA